AUCAUUCCUUCUUCUGGUAGAAUAUUUACGAAUAUUGAAAAGUCAGCAUUCAUCCCAGGGAAGAGAAAAACAAGUAAUCGCGCGAGAAGAAUGUUGCACUAUGCACCUUGAUAAUAUGAAGGCGAUGCCCAUUCCUCAUCCUCCUUUCUGUCUCUUUCCUCUCUUUUCUUCUUGUUUUUGUUUGAUGAUUUUUCGAUUCUUUCGACUGUCGCUCCUUGUCCAACAGUUCUAACUAUUACACGCUCUUUUAUUUGAUCGAUUCCUUUCUCUACUGACUUGCGCACAAUAUGGCGCCUAUUCAAUUUUUGUUUACGUCGGCUCUUGUGCUGUCGGCGGCCGUUGCGGCUCCUAUCAAUGCUAACCAUGGAAAAGUGGACACAACCACUCCUAGCAAGCACCAAAGCGAACCGAUACGCAUGGCGGACCCUGUCAAGUCCAGCGUCCCUGUGAUGAGCAUGGAUACUCAAGCUAUGAAAUCGUCUGCUGUUGCGAUGGCAGUUCAAACACCAUCAAGCAGUGAUAAUGGCCAACAGAGCGACGGCGUUUUGGGUGUCUUCAACAAGCUCCCUCUCAAACGCGGUGAGGAAAAUCGUCGACAGUUCGAAGAGGUCACAGAUUUAUUGACCAGUAUUAACUCCAUUGCCAAACGUGAUGAGCUUGAGGAACGCCAGUUGGGGCUGGUGAAGAGUGUACCUGAGACUGUUGGUCAGGCUGCGCAGGUGGAGAAACUUGUCGAGGGUCUUCCUAUUAAACGUGAUGGCAUCCUCGGAGGUCUGGGAGGACUGGGUGGUGUCCUUGGAGGUUCUGUAAAGCGAGAGACGGGGGAGGCUAAGACUCAUGAUAAGGCCUACACCGAAAAGGCGUUGAAGGGCUUCCAGGGGUGGCUUCAUCAUGGGUCUAAAGAUCAUAAGGAGAAAACCCCUGAAAUACCCUCAGCCGCGGACUCGAUUGGUCUUGGUGAUGUGGUCAAGCGAGGUGAUGCCGCCGAUCCUGUGACAGGUCUUCUUAAUGGAUUACUGGCGAGAGAUGCGGAAGAAUCUAAAUCUCACGAUGCGACCCACACCGAAAAGGCCUUGAAGGGAUUCCAGGGGUGGCUUCACCAUGACUCAAAAGAUCAUAAAGAGGGAACUCCCGAGAUACCAUCAACAGCAGAUUCGAUCGGACUGAAUGAUGUUAUCAAGAGAAGCAGUCCCGCCGAUCCUGUGACCGACCUACUCAGUCUGCUUGCUAAGCGCGAAAGCAUGGAAUCCGACGAGAACGCGGUCGAUGGACUCGCUAAACGAAGAAGUCCCCUUGAUACUGUCACCGGACUUAUCAAUGGACUUGCAAAGCGCGAGCACAUGGAAACUGAUGAGAACAUAGUCGAUGGACUCGCAAAACGAGGCGGUCCCCUUGACACUGUCGCCGGACUUAUCAACGGGCUUGCAAAGCGUGAAAUGGUUGAUUCACUAGCCACCUCCGAGGAUGUUGCAGAUGCACUUGAUGGACUCGCGAAACGCAAUGGGUUGGAUUCCGUCGAUCAACUCAUCAAGGGUCUCACAAAGGGCGGGCAAUUGAACAACGGUCUCAAUAUUCGUCAACUAAAUGUUCUCUCCACAUUGGCGACUGGUGCAUUGAGUAAUGCUGGUUCGGCGGCUGGUCAACUUGGAAAGGUAGCAGCUGGCAAGUUUCGUCGUGGUAAUGUCGAUGCAGGGUCGAUGGCGGACGCUGCUACGGCUGGAAUGAAUGUUGGAAAUCACAAGGCAGGGAAGGAUAAUGGUGAGAACAGCAGUGACGUGAAUGAUGUCGCGGAAGAGGUUGCUGAAGGGGAGCAUGCAUUGCACGAUGCAACUGCCUCGCCCGAAGGACGUUUGGAUAGGCGCCAAGUACCUCCCAUUGCUGGUUCUGAUGCACUGAGCAUUGUCAAGGGAUUGGUUGCUAAUCCAAAUGCUGCAUUAGACCCGGUCACCAAGGGUAUAUUGGUUGGAGGGACUGCAUUGGGUAAUCUUGCACCUCAGUAACCAUGCCUUUGUUUGGAUGACACGUGGAGAGAGGUUUCCAGAGCCGAGCCGACGUAUUAAGUGUUGAAAUAUUAUUAUGUUUAUUUGUGAAUUGGGUUUGAGUCCUGCGUGUCAUCCUGUGAAUGACUUCAGUUCUGGCAGUCCGUCCUGAGUGAAGUUAACUCACUCAAUCAGGCAUUUUGAGUUGAAGAGCUGCGUUUCAUACCUACUCGGGCCGGUCAAUUUUGUUAUAUAUCGUUUGAAGUUUUGAAUUGAUGUUUCAUAGUUCAACAUGCUCUGUAUAGGAUGCUAAUUCCGAUUCUGUCAUAGUGAAAGCUGAUCGAAUGCUGAGUCAAUUAGGCCACUAAUGUAUAAAAGGUCAAUAAUGAAUUUGUCAACGUAGCAUUUUUGAAAAAAGAAUGUCACCAGCAUAAGCUAACGCACUCCAAGCGAAACGGAUUAAAAGUAUACAACCAGGUAAAAGUAGGGUAUCAUCACAGAAAGCAUUUGCAAGAAAUUAGGAACCAAACAAGGCCAUU